AUCACAUCCAUCGACUUGAUUACAAGCAUUUAUUUCCUCAAAGUUACCUACUCAACAUGCCCAAGCCUCUAUCACACGUCAAAAUCGCCCUCCGCCGCUCCGCAGACCGCGGGUACGCCGAACACGGCGGCUGGCUGAAAUCGCACCACACCUUCAGCUUCGCGUCGUACUACGACCACCGCUUCACGCAGUUUGGCAGUCUGCGCGUCCUGAAUGAGGACCGCGUCGCGGCACGGAACGGCUUCCCGACGCACCCGCACCGCGACGCCGAGAUCUUCAGCUACAUUCUCUCCGGCGAGCUGACGCACCGCGACAGCAUGAUCAAGCGUGGCGCUGAGGGUGCCCAGGGGGAUGACUUCUACCGCAUGAAGCGCGGCGAUGUCCAGUUCACGACUGGCGGCACGGGUAUCGCGCACUCGGAGAUGAAUGAGUCCGGCAAGGCGGUUCAUUUCUUGCAGAUUUGGGCGCUGCCGUGGAAGCGGGGUCUGAAGCCGAGGUAUCAUACGAAGAGCUUUGGGGAUGAGGAUAAGAGGAGUGGAUUUGUGACGGUGCUGUCGCCCUUAAAGGCUGGGGUGGAGGCUUCGGAGGCGCAGGAGGAGGAGGCCGAGCCGGUGGUGAAGGGGUCGAUUCCGAUCCAUGCGGACUUUGUGAUGGGGGCGGGGAUUCUGGCGCCCGAGACGGUGUUUGAGUGGAAGAUUGGAGGAGGGGAGGGCGUGGUGCAGAAGAGGAAGAGGAAUGUUUAUGUGCAUCUGCCGGCGAGCAAGAAGGGGGGAGCGAGGGUGGAGCUGAAUGGAAUGGAGGAUGCGGUGCUGGAGGAGGGCGACGGGGCGUUUGUGGAGGGGGCCAGCGUGGGAGAUGUCUUGAGGGUUCGGAGUCUUGGGGAUGGAGAAGCCGAACUCGUGGUGUUGGAUAGUGAUUGAUCUUUUGUUUGAUGUUUGUAUCAUGAUUCUUGAGUGCCUGGGUUAUCUAACAGUCCUGAAGUAAUGUACUCG